UGUAUGACGCAGAGCCGAGCUGUGUUUAGACGCGCACAGAUAAAAUGUGCGGUAGAAAUGAUAUGUUAAAAUGAGAAUCAAUAAGGAAGCAUGAAUAUCACUGUGAAAAGCCUCCGGUCUCUAUGUCUGUCCAGAGGAUGGAGGUGUCUCUCCUCCAGGCAGGGAGGCGCUAUGAACGUGUUUGACAGGAGCAUGAAGCGCAAGCAGAAGGAAUGGGCUUCAUCUUUACUGGACAGCGACAAAUAUAAUUACCUCCGAGACGAGGUGGGGAGCAGAGUGGCAGACAGAGUUUAUGAUGUCUCAAGGACUUUCCCACUGGCUCUGGAUGUAGGAUGCGGGAAGAGUCACAUCGCAGAGCAUUUGAGUAAGGACGUUGUUGAACGUCUGUUUCUAACGGACAUUUCAGACUCUUCCCUGAGGAAUAGGAAGAAAUGUGAGAUGCCUACUCAGUGCGUUUUGGCAGAUGAGGAGUUCCUGCCGUUUAAAGAAAACACGUUUGACCUAGCGCUCAGCAGCUUGAGUCUGCACUGGAUCAAUGACCUUCCUGGAGCUUUGAGACAGAUUCACCAGGUGUUGAAGCCAGAUGGCGUGUUCAUUGGAGCAGUGGUCGGCGGCGAUACGCUCUACGAGCUGCGAUGUUCUCUGCAGUUAGCCGAGCUGGAAAGAGAGGGCGGCUUUGCGCCUCAUAUCUCACCCUACACAGCCGUCACUGAUCUGGGCAACCUGCUGGGACAGGCUGGCUUCAACAUGCUCACUGUGGACAUUGAUGAAGUUCAAGUUAAUUAUCCUGGUAUGCUGGAGGUCAUGAGUGAUUUACAAGGUAUGGGUGAAAGCAACUGUGCAUGGAACAGGAAGUCACUCUUACACAGAGACACUAUACUGGCGGCAGCUGCCAUUUAUAAAGAGAUGUAUGGCAAUGAAGACGGUUCAGUUCCAGCCACAUUUCAGAUCCUCUACAUGAUUGGCUGGAAGCCUCACGAGUCUCAGGCGAAACCAGCGAAAAGAGGGUCGGCGAAUGUCUCGUUUGCCGAUCUGUCAAAAAUAAACAAACUUCAGACCGACCACCAGAAAACCAACGACAAAUCCUAGGAGAUGAAGAGGUUUUAUCCGUCCAGUCAACUCCGGAUCUGUUUUACUCACAUGAAGAUGAUUACACAGAAAUGUUGCAUCAACAAACUGUAUUUUUGCAAAAGCUUCUUUGACAAAUGUACUCCAACAUAAAUAAACAAUGAAUUUAA